CGCCGUAGAAGAAUCUCGGUUGUGCCAUCGAUAUUAUCGAUAUCACGAACUUUCAUCGAUGGAUUGACGCUGCUCACACACAUAAAUAUAUAUCGCACGGAAGGAAAACAAACAAAAAAGAGAAAAGAAGGAUGAGCAGCCAGGGACAUCACAAGAUGUCCGGCGGCGGCAAGAACGGCGCCAUGAAGCAGGACUACACCGACGUGGUCGAUCUGGGCGAUCGCUUCUCCGCGGACAUGGCGCGCCUCUGCAUGAACGAACAGUACGCGGACAUGGAGUUCAUCGUCGAGGAGGAGCGCCUACCCGCCCACCGCGUCAUACUCGCGGCACGCAGCGAAUACUUCCGAGCGUUGCUGUACGGCGGCCUGGCGGAGAGCUCACAGCACCAAAUACCGCUUGAGGUGCCGCUAGAUGCGUUCAAGGUGCUGCUGCGCUACAUUUACUCGGGCACACUGCUGCUGUCCACACUGGACGAGGAUUCCAUCAUCGAUGUGCUGGGCAUGGCCAAUCAGUAUGGAUUCCAGGAUCUGAAGAUGGCCAUCUCGAAUUAUUUGCGCCAGUAUCUGGCCUUGGACAAUGUCUGCAUGAUUCUUGAUGCGGCGCGCCUCUACAAUCUGGAUAAGCUCACCGAAGUGUGCCUAAUGUUCAUGGAUCGCAAUGCCGAAGAAGUGCUGUUGCACGACACCUUCGAUACGCUCUCUAAGGAAUCGCUGGAGGAGGUACUACGACGUGACUGCUUCUUCGCCCCCGAGGUGCAGAUCUUCUCGGCCGUGUGGAAGUGGAUCCGCUUCAAUAGCAACGUGGACUUCAAGUCCGUGGUCAGUUGUGUCCGCCUGCCGCUGAUGACCCUCGAGCAUCUUCUGCAGGUGGUGCGUCCCUCGGGCAUCCUGGAUCCCGACAAGAUUCUCGAUGCAAUCAACGAGCGCAGCACUUCGACGGCGCUACCCUACAGGGCGGCGCUCUGGCCGGAGGAGAACGUGGCCGCAGAGACGUUUCUGUCGCGCUGCAUCCAGGGAGAGUGUCGCGACGCGCUGCUGGAUGGAGAUGUAACCUCCUAUGACAUGGAGAACGGGUAUACGCGUCACUGCAUCACGGACUGCAAAGAUGUGGGCAUUGUGGUCGAAUUGGGCACGUUCUGCAUGAUCAAUCACAUCCGCAUGCUGCUCUGGGACAGAGACAGCCGGGCGUACUCCUACUACGUUGAGGUGUCCGGCGACCAGCAGCAUUGGGAGCGCGUAGUCGACUACAGCGACUACCACUGCCGCUCCUGGCAGUACUUGUACUUCGCACCACGACCCGUCAAAUUCAUUCGACUGGUGGGCACCCACAACACUGUGAACCGGGUAUUCCAUGUGGUGUGUCUGGAAGCCAAGCACACGGCCAAGGUGCAGCGUUUAGUUGGACAUUUUGUGGCGCCCAAGACGAACGUGGCCACCGUCGAGAUGAGCGCCAUUGUGACGGAAGGCGUGAGUCGCACCCGCCACGCGCUAAUCAACGGCGAUUAUCUGCAAUACGACUGGGACUCGGGGUAUACUUGCCACCAAUUGCGCAGCGGCGAGAUCGUCGUCCGAUUGGGCCAACCCUACUAUUUGGGUUCAAUGAGGCUGUUGCUUUGGGACCUCGAUGAUCGCACCUACAGCUUCUACAUCGAAAUUUCGACGAACCGCAAGGAUUGGGAGAUGAUCGUGGACCGCCGCAACGACAACAUCCGCUCCUGGCAGAACUUCCUCUUCACUCCGCGUCCAGUGGUCUAUAUCCGCAUUGUGGGCACACGCAACACAGCGAAUGAGAUCUUCCACUGCGUCCACCUCGAAUGUCCCACCCAGGACAAAAACUACUUAAAGAAGAUAGCCGUCAUGGAGGAGGAGCGCGAGAAGAAGGAGAAGGAGAAGAAGACGGCAAGGACUGACGAUGACAAUAUUGCCUCGGGAUCCUCGUUGCCGUCAGGCCACGCUGAAAGUCCCUCCACUUCCACCAGCAGCAGCCAAAGCGUUUUAAGGUCCAUCCACUGGCCGCAACAGAAAGCGGGCGUUGUCCCACUCACUCCGCCAGCACUCUCCCCGUCCGACACGCCGGCACUUCCGGCUCCUCUGAUCCCGGCACACUCGUCGUCCCAUAACUAUGGACAAAAUCAGCCAUGGAAUUUAAGUGCAGACGCAAGCCCUCACACAAGUCCAAGUUCAAGAAACAACCCCAGUCCCAACCUAAGUCGAAGCAGAAGCCAGAGUGCGGAGUGGGAGCCAGUGCCGCCAUUGGUGGAGCUGGACACCAGGGAGACGCUCUGAGCUGAGCGCCGCUUCGGCCGAUGUUUUGUACUUGAAAUACUCCUGUAAUACUACUGUUAUCUAGUCCUUCCCAGUGCCCCAAUGCUUGCUGGUUCCAAAACCUGUGCAUCGUCUAUUGGUUUUGCGUUAUUACCUUGAUUCGUUAUAUACUUAUAUACUAUAUAUAUAUAUGUAUAUACACAUAUAUAUAUAUAUAUUUUAUUUUAUUGUGAUCCAGAAAGAAUUCCUUAUGUUUGCAAGGCAGCAGAAUUAUUUAUAUAAGCAAUAUAACUUAAUUCCAUGCACACACAUACACACCAGACAAACACACACACCACCCACACCACAUCUGUAGUUUCCAAAGUUAUGUCCUUAUCCAAAUCAAUCCAUUUGAACCGCAACUCGUAGUCUUUAGGCUCAUCGAGCGGCCCAAAAAUUAGGCUCUAUUUAUUAGGCAAAUUUUGUCAUAGUUUGUAUUGCACGCAAAUAAAAGCUAACCAAAAAAAUAAA